GCGGUCUCCUCUGCUCGGGACAAAACCUCACGCAGCUGCUUUCAUUUCCCACUGCUGGAGACUGCGCGAUGAGGAGCGGACCUCGCGCGUCACGCUGCUGGGAUAUUACCCUCUGACGGACUCGACGUAAAGCCAAGAAUACGCAAUUACUUUCCUCCGAUUGCUGCCGCUUAUGUGAUAAUUGUAAGUGGCGUUUUACGACAAAAAGACAAACAAACUUGUGAAUCAAGAAACGCCUCAGCCGACACCGGCUUUAAUGUGUUUUAUGUGUUUGCGCUCAACAGUGAGGUAGACUUAAUAUUAUUUUUUUUGGAGGUAUUUUCUCGGCGUGUGAUUUAUCCGGUGGAUGCGGCCGUCGGGGUUCGAUGUCUGAGCCCUGCAGGAUCAGCCUGUCAUAGGGCAUCAUGGUUUCUGCGCUUCUUCCUCGCGAGUGGACGAGGAAUAUUUCUCCUGAGAUGCUGCUGCUGGUGCCGAUAUUGUGCUUCUUACCUCUGACUGGAGCGGCUCCUUCUGUGACUACCGAGCAGCUGGACAUGGGGGUGGACUGGUUGAGUAAGUUUGGCUACCUCCCGCCCCCUGACCCUGUGACUGGGCAGCUUCAGACCAAGGAGGCCCUGACCAAGGCCAUCAAAGCCAUGCAAAGGUUCGGUGGCCUCAAGGAGACCGGCGUCUUUGACCAAGAAACCCUGGGCCUAAUGAAAACACCCAGAUGUUCCCUGCCAGAUGUGUCUGAGGCGGAGGCAACAGUGGGGCGCAGGAAACGGAGCCUGAAUCCUCAGAACAAAUGGAAUAAGAGGCACCUGUCCUGGAGGGUGAGGACUUUUCCCAAGGAUUCGGCUCUACUGGGCAGGGACACCGUCCGAGCCCUGAUGUACUACGCCCUGAAGGUCUGGAGCGACAUCGCGCCGCUGAACUUCCACGAGGUGGCCGGCAGUGACGCCGACAUUCAAAUCGACUUCACCAAGGCCGACCACAAUGACGGGUAUCCCUUCGACGGGCCGGGGGGAACGGUGGCGCACGCCUUUUUCCCCGGGGAGAGGUUCACAGCGGGAGACACGCACUUUGAUGAUGAUGAGGCCUGGACCUUCAGAUCUCCAGAUUCCCACGGGAUGGAUCUGUUUGCAGUUGCGGUCCAUGAGUUCGGUCACGCCAUCGGCCUGGUCCACACGUCAGCCAUGGAGUCCAUCAUGAGGCCGUACUACCAGGGUCCUGUGGGAGACCCUCUGAAAUAUGAUCUGCCCUAUGAGGACAAAGUCCGUGUCUGGCAGCUCUAUGGUGUCAGAGACUCUGUGUCCCACACAAAUCAACCAGGCAACCCCUCUCAGACAGCUGAGCCUCCUGUCCUGCUGGACCUUCCAGAAAACAGAUCCACUGUGCUGCUGGCACGAGACACUCCAGACAGAUGCACCAGUCACUUUGAUGCCGUGGCCCAGAUACGAGGGGAGGCCUUCUUUUUCAAAGGGAAGUACUUCUGGCGACUAACAAGAGAGAAGCACCUAGUGUCUCUGCGUCCUGCUCAAAUCCAUCGUUUCUGGAGAGGCCUGCCAACCAAUCUGGACAGUGUGGAUGCAGUGUAUGAGAGGCCCGGGGACCACAAAAUAGUAUUCUUCAAAGGUCUUAAAUACUGGGUGUUUAAAGACAAUAUUGUGGAGGAGGGUUACCCCCGUCCAAUCAGCGACUUUGGCCUCCCCUUGGAGGGUGUGGAUGCAGCCUUCGUUUGGCUCCACAACGACAAAACCUACUUCUUCAAGGACAACCACUACUGGCGCUACGAUGACCAUAUGAGACGCAUGGACCUGGGCUACCCGAAAGACAGCACGCUUUGGAAAGGGCUGCCAUCACAACUGGAUGACGCCAUGAGGUGGUCAGAUGGCUCGUCCUAUUUCUUCAAGGGAAAGGAGUACUGGCGAGUGCCGGGCAGCGACAUGGAGGCGGAGGCAGGAUACCCCCGCCUCGUCGCCAAGGACUGGCUGCUGUGCACCGAGAUGCAGUCGGACUCUCCGGACGCGGAGCCCAAAAACACGGAGACGCGAGUCAACGUGCGCCUCCGCCCGGACCACGCGGAGAACGGGUACGAGGUGUGCUCCUGCACCUCUGACACCGCCUCGCCCUUGGGGGCCCGCCUCUCUCCGUCUCCCGUUUGGCUGCUGCCUCCUCUCUGGACGCUCACGCUGACCCUCCGCUCCGAACUGCUAUGAUGCUAAAGCACGGGACACAGCCAGAGGGCCAGUGGACAACCGGGAAAAUGUUGUUCUUAUUACACUAUUUUGUAUCUCAGAGUUUGCCGUUAUUUAUUUUACAUGUCAUUUUGUGGGCAACGGCGCCCACCCACUUAGAAUGCUUUACAGAGUUUUUUAUUGAAUAAUUAAACUGCCACAUCUCUACAAGGAAAGACUUUACUGAACAGAAAUGAUAACAGACGGGGUUUUCUUUGUCUCUGUGUGCAGCAGGUUUACAGCAGCAGAGCCUCCGCAUAAACAAAAGUUACAUCUAUUCAGAAAUCAAGGCGGGCGCAAAGGCCAACUCACACUUUAUUAAGCUACAGCGGACGCUUUUAUUAUAAGGCGGCUUUGCAGAAAUGCUCUGAAAGUUUUCGCAUUUACCUCAAGUGUUGUCUCGCAGCGUCGGCGGACGGUUUGCUUUUCACCGGCCCGAUGCGUCGGAGAUGAAAAGAGUUUCAUUCCAUUUGAAAAGGGGAUUUCUUCUUUGAAAAGUAGUUACGAGGGAAAUAGUCAUCUUAUAAUUGUGAUUAUUACACACCCACUUCACUUCACACCUUUCAUCUCAGUUGUAGUGGAUGAGUCGGGGGGGAAACAACGCAUAUCUCUGCGCCGGGAUAGCACCGGAGGUAAACUGGCUCUUUAAUAAACCCCACCAUCCACACACACACACACACACACACACUCGUGCACCCACGGGCUGUAAAGGGAUGAAUGUUUGAACGCUCUCACUCUUUCUGUGAGAGCUGACAGACGCACAGAGGAGUAAGGGGUUGGGCCAGCUGCCUUUGCCGAAAGUCCAAAGCGAGAGGCUGCUGCUCACGUUCCACUCCGCAUUCCUCGCACAUGCCUUUAGUUGUAUAUUUAGUACCAAACCCAAGUCCAUUAUCCCGUUUAUUUUACGUUGCUUUUGCUUUGGCCGAGCCUCUCCGCGACGUACGGGCUCCAUCAUGCUCCUUGAUUUUCCCUCUCGCUGUAAAGAUAUAUUUACCUAUAGACUGAUAUAUUUGAGUGGAAAGGUUCUGCACUUAUUGCAUCACCAAGUGGACUGUAUAUUUUGAGCUGUGUUUUUUUAAUGUAAAAUAUUUUUGUAGAAAAAUUAAAAAAAAAAGAAUACGAAUAACUUUA